AUGCUGAGACUUAGGCAAUUUCAAAAGAGUCAUUCAAUAUAUCUAAGGAGGGAUCGAAGAGAGUACAAUAUCUCAAACGCGAAACGAACGGCAAAUGAUGACAACAGCACUGCUUCUUCCUCCAGCAGCACAAACAAAAAGAAAUUUUCGUACAGUCCACAGCAUCGUCAAGAAGACAUUCCUACAGACAUCGUUCAUCUUCGGUUUCAUCCAUCUGUCGCACAUAUUGGCAUUGUCUUUAUUUCAGAGAAUGCAAGUGACCGCCCCGAAGGGACGGAACUCAUUGGAUCUGAAGAAGCUCACAAGAUGAGGAUGCGGUUCAAGAAGUUAUCUCUCCAGAUACCCAAAGGAAUACGCCGAUUUGGUGGAUCAUGCUUUUCCAAAUGCUCUUUACUAUCGGAUGUUCGAUUACAGGAAGGUUUGAAAACGAUAGGAAUCGCAGCAUUUGCGCAGUGUCAUUCGUUGUCGACCAUUGCGAUACCAUCGACUGUCGAAUCCAUUGGAAAGGCGGCCUUUGCGCAGUGUCAAAACUUGCAAGAUGUGACCUUUUCUGCUGGUAAUAAUGCAGCAGCAGCAGCAGUAUUGCGCAUCAUUGACGACCAUGCCUUUGACCAGUGUGUCUCCUUGUCCAAAAUAUCCUUGCCAUCGUCGGUGGAAGAAAUUGGUACCCAGUCCUUUGCGUCCUGCACCGCCCUAAAAGAGUUUACGGUUGUGAACCAAGGUGGGCACCUGAAACGAAUUGGGGAUCGAGCCUUUGAAAAGUGCCAGGCCUUGACGAAACUGUCCCUCACUUUGGAAGUGAUUGGUGAUUCGGCCUUUUUGCUUUGUGAAUCCUUGCGUAAUGUUGUCUUGGAGGAGGGACUCAAACACUUGGGCGCCCACGCGUUUGAACGGUGCUCGUCCUUGAAGAACGUGUCGCUACCGUCCACCAUGGAGACCAUGGGAACCAGUACUUUUGAUACCUGUCGAUCAUUGGUCGAGGUGGACUUCAAUGGAGGUGGUCACCUGAAAGAAAUACCAGAUUUUGCCUUUCACUGUUGUGAUUACUUGGGCAAAGCGUCCAUCCCUUCUUCGGUAGUAGUGAUUGGAGAAGGCAGCUUUGCUGGCUGUGAGUCGCUGCAAGAACUGGAAUUGUUUGAUGGAUUGCAAAAAAUAGGAAACAAUGCGUUCCAAAGCUGUGAGUCCUUGCUGGAUCUAUCUAUACCCCCAACCGUGGAAGAAAUUGGUGAAGGAGCCUUUACGCUGUGCCUGUCUCUGGAGACCGUCAAGUUUCAUGAGGGCCUCACGAUUAUUGGCGAACACGCCUUUCAAGGUUGUGAAGCUUUAUCGGAAGUUUCUAUACCGUCCACUGUGGAGGAGAUUUGUGAAGGUGCCUUUACGCUGUGCGUCAGUUUGGAAGAGAUAAACUUUCAAAAUGGUUUGAAGAUCUUGGGCGAGCAUGCCUUUGAUGGCUGUACUGCUUUGACCCAUGUUUCCGUGCCUUCUUCUAUGGAAGAUAUUGGAGAAGAAGCCUUUUCGAAUUGCGAAUCGUUACAAGAGGUCGAAGUCCGUGAGGGUCUGAACCAUGUUGGCCAAGGGGCGUUCACCAACUGUAAAUCCUUGUCGCACAUGGAUAUCCCUGGGACGUUGGAUGAAAUAUGCCAUUCAACCUUUGCCUUUUGUGUUGCCCUGCGCGAAGUCCGAUUGAACUUUGGGUUGAAAAGCAUUGGUGAGGGCGCCUUCUCGAACUGCCACUCGUUGCUGCAAAUCGAAAUACCGGGCUCUGUGGAUAUUAUUGACAAGGGUGCCUUCGCUACCUGUGUGGCACUCGGGGAUUUGCGACUUAAGAAUGGACUUAUUACGAUUGGCGAAGGGGCUUUCCUCUCUUGUCUAUCGCUGACGCGAUUGUCUGUUCCUCGCUCGGUGGAAGUGAUCGGCAAGGGUGCCUUCGCCUUUUGUGAACGAUUAGAGACUGUGGAUUUAUACGAAGGUUUGAAAGAGAUUAAAUCCUUUGCCUUUCGCCAGUGUGUCUCGAUCUCGCUUCUGAAUGUUCCAAAGUCCACCAUGAAAGUUGGUGACCGUGCUUUUGACGGGUGCCAACUGUUGUUGGCCGCCAAGGCUGCAAAUGAAUCGAAGAUACACGCCACAAGUGCUCAUUCUUCCGAACACAAAACGCAAGUUCUCAACUUGCCCGCCAGUAUUUUUGACGAUAUCGAUUUGGAAGACAGCGAGUUUCUAAGCGAUUGCUCUUCCAUGCUUUCGAGCACAUUUUAA